GUCUUACUCUGCUUGCUUGAUUCCUCUACGGUAUAGUUCUUCCAAUUAUUGCUGUUUUGUGGUUCUCUUGACAGUACGUACCCCGAUCACACUACCUUUUACCACUUGAGGGAUCUUCUAGACUUCCACCAGAAUUUUUGUUUGUGUCAAGACAUAAGUACGCGUCAAGGAGGGGACGAAGGCGUAUUGGAAUUCUAGAUAUAAGCCAUGUCUCCGAGUAAUGGGUCUUUGCCUGAGAAGAUUUUGCCCCGUCGCGCUGCAGCAACCAAGGCAGCUAUGUUAGCUUCGGAGCAAUUGUUAAGCUCUCCACCCCACAGUGACGAGGAUGGGACAGCGGGAAUAUCAGGAAAGACUUCACGCAGGAGUAGAUCUCGCACGAGCAAAUCCACCAAUGUUGACUUAGAUUCAAAGCUGGCUGUCUCUCACGAACGAUCGAAAUGUCGCUCAGACAAGUCGGAAUUGGUGCAGAAGUCUCCGAAUUUAUACUUGCGCAGCCUACCUUCAUUUUCAGACUCUGACUCUGACCUUGAGAACCUUAACACACUGAAGUCUCCUCUCCCCGAACCUCGAGCUUCCCGGAAACGUCGUCGUUCACCUCCUAUUGAAGUAACCAACGGGGUCUCAAGCAACGCGCUGACCGGAGAGACAAGCCCUCUUACCUCUCCCGAACAGACCUUCAAAUCCGUCCUCAAAAGCGCAAACCAACCUGCUCCUACCUCGUCGACCUCAUCCGCAAAACGAGAGCUUUCGCAUAUAUCGAUAUCCAGCUCUGAUGAUGAGGACGUUAUUAUAACUAGUAUGAUCUAUGCGGUGGAUAUGCUUGUAUGGGUUCGUUUGAACCGUUCAGGUAGUGUAUGCCCAGACGAGACCAAUACCAUGUGGUGGCCGGCAAAGGUUGUGCGCUCAUCGCCACUACGAGUCUUACUCUUCGGAAAGCCUCCAUGCACCCAUGCAGCUCACAGUAACAUUGAAGUCGAUAUCUCGAAGUCUUCUGACCAUGUUGUGUUAUCAUUGACGACUCCAAGCAACAACCUCCGCUUUCAUGCAAGGAACUACGCAAGUUUCGUGGACAAGUCUUCGGGUCUCGUGUCUCCCAGAAAGCGGCAGAAGGUAUUCGAUGCAGAGCUGCAUGCAAAAUGGGAAGAUGCCUUCCGUUUGAUGCUUGAGGUUGACCGAGUCAUGAACAAUGACGGAUUCCCUCGGAUGCUAUCUUACUACACAACCAACGACGCACGUGAUUCCUCGGAGGAGGUGGAGACAAUACUGGAUUCUCCGAUAAUUGCAGAUGAUGACGAAGACUGGAAACCCCCGCCGUGCAAUCCGAUGUACGAAAUACCGGGAGAACUCAUUCUAGCCAAAGAAACUACAAAAUCCACGCAGUACUGGCCCGCAAGAAUCAUAGCAUACGUUCCUCCCACCAACCCUUCCCAGAAGCAGAAAUAUCGUGUGUUGUACUAUGAUGGCACGGUGAAGAAUAUCUCUCCUAAUCUAUUUUACAUGGAAACGGACGAAGGUUUCAAAGACUGCAUUAUGGGAGAUGACAUGGACAACUAUGGCUUGGAUGAGGUUGACAAUAGAUCUCCGAGUACAUCUCCUGAUAAAGAUGACGACCCACGCUCACCGUCACCUACUCCAACAACUCCCCCGCCCGACGACUUUGCGUUCAUUUAUAACAUCUAUGAACAAUUCCAAUAUGCCAAACCAAUUCUUGCGGCUAUCCUGCAAGAGAGGUACCUUCCUGUAAAGCCUCGUCAUGAAAUGUUCAUGAAGAGCGAAGCCACUCGUCGAAAAGUAUGCGACACUGGACACGAGAAAGGCGAGUUCACCGCCGCCGAGGUAGAAGAAUUGAGUGCCCAUAUUAGGCGGUGGAUACGCCGGAGAGCUCAACGACAGGAACUUGGGUUGAUUCUACCAGAUGACCCUCAAGAAUUCCCUCAGGCAGAAAAUCUAUCAAAUGACGUGCUCCUAAGCGACGAUACCCUCGAAAUGCCUCUCUCACAGGCAUCCGGAGAGGCGACAGAUACGGACGCCAUGUCAGAAGCACCGCUCCCUCCUUCCUCGCUACUUUCGGUUGUGUCGGAGAAGGAUGAUACGGCACAUGCUGAGAAAACGACUCACGAUCUCGCUGACGAGACGGCUCUCCAGGAGGUCACGCACCUUGGUCAGCGGAAGUCGUUCUCAACCCUGUCUGAAAUUGAGCAGAUCACGUAUUGCACCAAUAUCUUGUUGCCCGAGGUAGUGCUGCAAUUACUUUUGUGGCGUUCUGGGUUGCGUCAAAUACCUGAACUACUAUCUGCGGAGGAGGAAGAACGACUGCACCAUCUCGCGGAGGAGAAAGCGCGGGAAAGAUACUGGGUUCAUGAUAUCGUGCUUUACAAGAGAGGCCUCAAUAAGAAAAUGUUGGGACAUUCUCGGUCUUCUACCUUUUCACAGCCGAAAUCAAGGUUACGCUCUGGUCGACUUUGACUUGCCGUAUAUCUACCGAACAAAUUCGUUCUUAAUUCCGUACUAACCUAGGAGCCCCGUACCUGUGCCGACGGUAUAUAUAGAUACUAUGUCCAACGGAUCCUAAUUAUAAGUUUGAGUUCUGUCGUCUCACACCUUUGACACUUCACAGGAGGCACACUAUCAACAAGUACGGAACUCCGUCACGUAUGUACGAUAUCCGAAUUUUGAUGUACUACUAUAGUAUAUUCUACACCGACAUGUCCAUAUAAAUAUAUCCGUGUAAGGUCCAACC